CUCCGUUGCUUGGACACGUGACCCACCCUCACGUGACUAGUAGUUUUAGUCAUGGCCGACGACUACAGGCGACAAGGCCUCGACUUGGAGAGAAGAAUAUUUGAGUUUGACGCCAAGUGUUCCGCUCUCAAAGCUGAGAAACAAGAUGAUGACUAUUUACAAAAUGCAUCUGUCAUACUGGACAAGUUGAAAAGCUAUUACAGACAAGGAGGGGAAAGCAGCAGCCUUUCCAAAUUGCUUCAGGAUUACACACAGGUGAUCCUCGAUAUCACAUUUUACGAAGAGAAUAAACUGGUGGAUCAAGAGUUUCCGGAGGACUGUUCACCGUUCAAAAUCCAGCAGCUCCUGCAAGAUCUGACCGAGCCGGAAGUGCUGGUGGGGAGAUUAGCGCCAUCUCAAGAGGUGCAGGUUGUUUUGGGCCUGGAGUUGUUAGAAUGCCUCUAUUGGAGACGCGGCGCGCUGCUCUACAUGUAUUGCCACACCCUUCAUCAACGGAAGCAAUGGAUCAAGGAAAACAAGGAGACAUUCCUGAAGUGUAUUCAGGAAGGAGUGCGCUACCUAAUGAGGAUGUUGCAGGUGAGGAACUCGGUGAAGCUCAAUGAUGGGGUGGUGCUCCAUGACACUGCGGCCGCAGGCUUGCUAUCUGAAGGUAUUUUCUCAGACACGCACCUGCUGACCAUGAUGUACAUUGGCGAAAUGUGCUUCUGGGCGGUAAAGUAUGAAGACUACAGCGGUGACACUGUGGAUUGUAAAGAAGACCGUCUCCAGUUUAGGGACAUUGGCACACAAAUCCUCAAUAAGUACGUGCUCGCCUGCGAGGGCCCGCUGCAGGGCCAGGGCUGGAACACGGAGAAUGCCAAGGAGAUCCUCAGUGUUUUGCAGUGAAGUUCAGCCGCCACUGUGUCCAGGUCGUCCUCGGACACAGAGCUGACAUCAGUAUUCAAUGGGGUUUUCCCCCCAAUCCCUAAAUUAAAGAGAAAAAAAAGAAAAAAAAAGGGAACCACCCAGGUGAGGUACAGUGUAACGAAAGGCUAAGGAGAGGAAAUGUGUUUGGGCAAAAGUCACCUGGACCUCACUCCACAUCACAUGGUCCAGGUCACUGGCAUUACGUGAGGUGGUGUAAAACUGACAGUGAAAUCAUUUUUUUUUAAUUUGUUCUGUGGGUUGGGGCCGUUCUUUUCAUUUUAGACUGUUGACUAGGGCACCUGUUUUGCUCUAAGAAUGUGUUAUAGUAACAAUAAUAAUAUAAAAGAUUCUUAGUAAAAAAAAAUGUUUCCUUUUUUUUAAGAAUUGUUUAUUUGAUAACAGCCUAAAAUGAAACAUUGCACAGUAACAUUUUUAUUUAUUCUUAAGUUGCCAUUUUGGUAUGCUUUUACUAUUUGACAUCUGUUUAUACUCUAUACACAAGUUUGUAAAUGUGUAUAAAAUACACAAAGCAAAGGACUUUUUCCAGAAAGUGUGGAAGUGUAUGUUUAGAUUUAUUCAUAAUCCACCACUUGUAUUCCCCGCUUAUUGCAAAAUUUCCAACAUUUAAUUAACUAUUUGUUUAGCUUUUAAUAGAGAACGUGCUGGUUUUGAUUAAAUUUUCAUUUUUUAUGUCCUUGGUGACAAUAAAGCCCGUGUUGUUUUAA